GAUCGCACGACUCUGCGAAACCCUUCCCACCUUAUUAUUGCUGAGGAUCCCCCACCUCCCCACAGUCACUCAGAGAAGGUGCUGCUCCGGCCUUGGCUGCGGCAGUACCCGGAUGUGGAGCCGCUCUCGCCCGGCGGGGACUCUGUGGCGGGGCGGAGCGCGGCGGCGUGCGCGGGGGCAGAGAGAAGGAGGCCCCUGGGCCCGGGCGCUGGCCGGACGCCGGGAGGUACCACCGCUGCCCACGGGGGAGGAGUCGGCGCCGGCGCUCGGGCGCCCACCCCGGAGCGAGGGGCCGGGGGAGGAUAGAGGCCGGCAGUUCGGCUUGCUCCCCGCUGUCCUCGCCGUCCCCCCUGGGCCAGCCUCCCCCGGCCCUCUGCGCUCCCCGCGCUCCCGGCCGGGGGAGAGCGAGGUUUCUUGGCGGCCGUCGCUGUAGCCCGGCCGGGGAGCCCGGAGGAAGCGAGAGAGUCCCCGCCCACGGCCCCCUCCUCACUGCCCCUUAGCCGCCGCCGCCCGUGAGCCGCCGCGGGCGGGCCUCCAGUCCGAGCGGGGGGCGCGGCGGCGGCGGCUGGGCAGCGGCUGUGGGCUCCGCAGGGACCGCGCCGCCGCCCCCGUGAGUUACUCCCACGUCCCCCGGGGCUCGCUGCCGCCCCCGCCGGCGCCGAGAGUCCGGCCUGGGCCCAACUCCCUCACGGGCCCCCCGGCGGCGGCAGCGGCAGCGGCGGAGCCCACCGCCCGGGCCCCGAUGAGUAACUCCCGGAACAACCGGGUGAUGGUGGAAGGCGUCGGGGCCCGGGUAGUGCGCGGCCCGGACUGGAAGUGGGGGAAGCAGGACGGCGGCGAGGGCCAUGUGGGCACCGUCCGGAGCUUCGAGAGCCCGGAGGAGGUGGUGGUGGUGUGGGACAACGGCACCGCCGCCAACUAUCGCUGCUCCGGGGCCUACGACCUGCGCAUCCUGGACAGCGCGCCCACCGGCAUCAAGCAUGAUGGAACCAUGUGUGAUACCUGCCGCCAGCAACCAAUCAUUGGCAUUAGAUGGAAAUGUGCAGAAUGUACAAAUUAUGAUUUGUGCACAGUUUGUUAUCAUGGAGAUAAACAUCAUUUAAGGCAUCGCUUUUAUAGAAUUACUACACCAGGAAGUGAGCGGGUUUUGUUAGAGUCUCGUAGAAAAUCUAAGAAGAUUACAGCAAGAGGAAUCUUUGCAGGUGCCAGAGUGGUACGAGGAGUGGACUGGCAGUGGGAAGAUCAAGAUGGAGGAAAUGGACGAAGGGGAAAGGUAACAGAAAUCCAAGAUUGGAGUGCAUCAAGCCCACACAGCGCAGCAUAUGUUCUCUGGGAUAAUGGUGCUAAGAACCUUUAUAGAGUUGGCUUUGAGGGCAUGUCUGAUCUGAAGUGUGUCCAGGAUGCCAAAGGAGGUUCUUUCUACAGAGAUCACUGCCCUGUGCUCGGUGAGCAGAAUGGCAACAGGAAUCCUGGUGGAUUGCAGAUUGGUGACCUGGUGAAUAUAGAUCUUGACCUAGAAAUUGUACAGUCUUUGCAGCAUGGUCAUGGAGGAUGGACUGAUGGAAUGUUUGAGACUUUAACUACAACUGGAACUGUUUGCGGCAUUGAUGAAGAUCAUGACAUUGUAGUACAAUAUCCAAGCGGCAAUAGGUGGACAUUUAAUCCUGCGGUUCUCACUAAAGCAAACAUUGUCCGAAGUGGAGAUGCUGCUCAAGGUGCAGAAGGGGGUACCUCGCAGUUUCAAGUGGGUGACCUUGUACAAGUUUGUUAUGAUCUGGAAAGAAUUAAACUUCUACAGAGAGGACAUGGUGAAUGGGCUGAAGCAAUGCUUCCAACUUUAGGUAAAGUUGGCCGAGUACAACAGAUCUAUUCAGACAGUGAUUUAAAGGUGGAAGUUUGUGGAACAUCUUGGACAUAUAAUCCGGCAGCAGUUUCCAAGGUGGCAUCUGCAGGAUCAGCCAUUAGCAAUGCAUCUGGUGAAAGACUGUCACAACUCCUGAAGAAAUUAUUUGAAACUCAAGAAUCUGGUGACCUCAAUGAAGAAUUAGUUAAGGCGGCUGCUAAUGGAGAUGUUGCUAAAGUGGAAGAUUUGUUAAAAAGACCAGAUGUGGAUGUAAAUGGGCAGUGUGCUGGCCAUACAGCUAUGCAAGCUGCUAGUCAAAAUGGACAUGUUGACAUUUUGAAGUUGCUUUUGAAGCAAAAUGUGGAUGUAGAAGCUGAGGAUAAAGAUGGAGAUAGAGCAGUUCACCAUGCAGCCUUUGGAGAUGAAGGUGCUGUUAUAGAAGUACUACACCGAGGCAGUGCUGAUUUGAAUGCCCGCAACAAACGCCGGCAGACACCACUUCAUAUUGCUGUUAAUAAAGGUCAUCUUCAAGUAGUGAAGACUUUAUUGGACUUUGGUUGUCAUCCCAGUCUCCAGGAUUCUGAAGGUGAUACCCCUCUCCAUGAUGCAAUAAGUAAGAAACGUGAUGAUAUCCUGGCAGUUCUUUUGGAAGCUGGAGCAGAUGUUACCAUUACAAACAAUAAUGGAUUUAAUGCUCUACACCAUGCUGCUCUAAGAGGAAAUCCCAGUGCAAUGCGUGUUUUGCUCUCUAAAUUACCCAGACCAUGGAUCGUGGAUGAGAAGAAAGAUGAUGGUUAUACCGCCUUGCAUCUGGCUGCUCUGAACAAUCAUGUAGAAGUGGCUGAACUGUUGGUACACCAGGGUAACGCGAACUUGGAUAUCCAGAAUGUGAACCAGCAGACUGCCCUCCACCUUGCUGUUGAACGACAACACACCCAAAUUGUUAGGCUUUUGGUGCGUGCAGGUGCUAAGCUAGACAUUCAGGAUAAGGAUGGGGACACUCCUUUGCAUGAAGCUCUGAGGCAUCACACUUUGUCUCAGCUACGUCAGCUUCAAGAUAUGCAAGAUGUAGGGAAGGUGGAUGCUGCCUGGGAACCAUCUAAAAAUACAUUAAUAAUGGGACUUGGUACUCAAGGCGCAGAGAAGAAGAGUGCAGCAUCUAUUGCCUGUUUCUUGGCAGCCAAUGGAGCUGAUCUUAGCAUUCGAAAUAAGAAGGGUCAGUCCCCCCUUGAUCUCUGUCCUGAUCCAAGUCUUUGCAAAGCAUUGGCAAAGUGUCAUAAGGAAAAAGUCAGCGGUCAAGUGGGUUCUCGGAGUCCUUCUAUGAUUAGUAAUGAUUCUGAAACCUUAGAAGAAUGUAUGGUAUGUUCAGAUAUGAAGAGAGAUACUCUUUUUGGCCCAUGUGGGCAUAUUGCAACCUGUUCUUUAUGUUCUCCACGAGUCAAAAAAUGCCUCAUCUGUAAAGAACAAGUUCAAUCCAGGACAAAGAUUGAAGAAUGUGUGGUAUGCUCUGACAAGAAAGCAGCUGUUCUUUUUCAACCUUGUGGACACAUGUGUGCUUGUGAAAACUGUGCUAGCCUGAUGAAAAAGUGUGUGCAGUGUCGUGCAGUAGUGGAGCGAAGAGUGCCUUUCAUCAUGUGCUGUGGAGGGAAGAGUUCGGAAGAUGCUACUGAUGACAUCUCAAGUGGGAAUAUUCCAGUGUUACAAAAGGACAAGGACAACACCAACGUCAAUGCAGAUGUGCAAAAGUUGCAGCAGCAGUUACAGGACAUUAAGGAGCAGACAAUGUGCCCUGUGUGUUUGGAUCGUCUGAAGAAUAUGAUUUUCCUCUGUGGCCAUGGAACAUGCCAGCUCUGUGGAGACCGCAUGAGUGAAUGUCCCAUAUGUCGCAAGGCUAUUGAACGAAGGAUUCUUUUAUAUUAACUGAGAAACACAGUGUGUUUUGUUAACUAAGGAGUAUCUGGUCAUGAGAUCUCAGUAAGCUAGUUGGAAGUUGUAAUGAAUUAAUUUCUGGUAUCAUAGUUUCUUUACUAGAGUGUAAUUAGACUGCAAAUAUAUGAACAAAACUACAAAGCAGUAUUUUGAAAGGGUGUGGGUUUUUUUGUUUUCCUUUUAAAUUUGAAACAUCUAAUCCAUGUAAUUCAUAGGUAAUUUGCUUUUGACUUCUAAGGGGAAAAUCCUUUAAGGGUAUCCUGGGGUGUUUUUUAUUGUAAUUUCUCUUAUAGUUUAUAAAUUUGUUAAGACCUCAAAAGACAUAAUUCCUUGUGAUCAGUCAGCUAUUAGUAUAUCAUGAUUUUACUCAGUGAAUUGAUACAGAUAACUCUAAAAAGUCAUUCAUGAAAUGAAAGGGGCAAGUCAAAUUAUUAUGUAAAAUAUGUGAAGUGCUAAAAUUGUGGGACAAGUUCCAGAUAGUUAAGGGGAUGUUGAAGGGAAAUUCUUUUUUUAAUAUAAUAGGAAAUUAUCCAAAUGUUUGUUUCUGAAUUCUUAGAGUAAAUGGAAGCAUAGAAUAAUAAGAAAAUAGUGACUUUGUAUUUGGUUUAUUUUGUGGAUUUAAAAGGAAAAUAGUUUAACUUGAAUUAAAUUACCAGUUUCAAAAUGACUAUUAGACAUGUUAAAAGGAAAAAUAAGCAAUCAUAGUGGAGAAUUGAAGGAGAAAAAAUAAAAGAGUACUUGUUAACUGUCCAUUAUUAGUUGCAUUUCUCAUAUUAAUUUAGAUACUGUUUGCUUCAGCCAGCCUUUUAAAAAAACAUUUGUGAAAAGUGUAUUCCAGUUUUCCCCGUGAUUGCUUAUCUGGCCUUGACUGACCAAUAAGAUGAUGUUGCCCUGUUUGGGCCUUUGAGAUUCUGAUUAGCUUGGAUGAUACAUUGUCCAGAGACAGCAAUCUAUAUGUAUCUGUAUCUAUUAAUUCUGACAGUGUUACAGAUUUUACCUUUGUCAAAAAGCCUUAUUUCCAUUCUUUCUCAGAUAGGAAGUCUGACUAUAAAGAUCUCUUCUUUAUACCUACAGAUGAAGACAUUAUACUGCCAAUAAUAUCCAAGACAUAGUAGACAAACUAAUAAUAAAUACUUAUUUAGAAAGAGUGCCAGGGUAUUUGCAAAAAAUAUGUCUGAUUAUCUGUGGAUUUUUUGUUUUACACAGUUUGACUCUGUAGCAUCUCAUCUUUUUUUUUUUUUUUUUAACGAAUUAUCUUAUCUGGGGUAACUGUACACAUAAAUGUUUUCAGAUUCCUUGCUGCUAGAUUAUCAAAACAUCCACUGUUUACAGUAGUGUCUACUGUAUAUUGUUCAUUAGCUUAUUUCCCAUGUGCACUUAUUUCCUAUAUUUUUUGUGGCUUUUCCCCUGGCUAGCAAUUUCAGCUUUUCUACAACAACUCAGUUAAAAGUACGAAGUGUCUAGUAUUCAUAGCUCUGUCUUUCUGGCUAUUGAACUACUGCUGUCUUCCCAGUCCUGGUGAAAGCAGUGGUGAGCUUUGCCAGCUGGUUUUGUAGUCUCGGCAACUUUCUAUCUAUGUUUAGCUGAGUAAUUGUUAUCAUUUAAAACAGUAACCUUUUUAGAAAUUUCGGAUUUGAAACUACUUUUUGACUCCGUUAUCUAAUAAGGGGCCACUGAGGCUUUUUAAAAACUUUAUUGGAACUUAUAAAAAGAUAGAACAUAUGAGUAAUGUUAUUCACAUAAAGAGACAAACCCACUAUCUUCUUGCAGAUUUGAAAACAAAAGGUGUCAAGAUUUUCCUUUUUUUCCCAUGCCAUUGGCCACUCCAUAUGCUUUUCAGGACAUUGGCUGGUAUGGAGGGCACCUGGCUGAUUGAUGCAGAUCUUGGCCAAUCAGUGAACUGUGAGGCCCACAGCUUAUCAGAGUAGGCCAUUUUCAAAUUCUUCUGAGCUGUAGUGUUAGAACUUAACGUUCCUAAAAGGUAAUAUCAUCUUAUAGACUAGUUUAAACAUUUUCUCUGUAUGAAAAAUAUAGUAACUUUAUACUAUAGAAGUCAUAAAGUCACUAUCACUUUAGUGCUAAGUAAUUGUGGAUUUUCUAUUUUUAUCAUUUUCAAAUGUAUUUUAUGAAUAGAAAAUGUUUAUCUAUUCAUGUUUUCAAGCACCUAAAAUUAUUUUAAGUGUUAGGGCUUAUGAGAGAGAAUUUGAUUAUAUUUGAUCUUAGCUAAAAGUCCAAGAAGCAAUGAGAGAAUAAGAUCAAGAACUCAUUAAAGUGGUUUUCCUCCAACUCUCUGAAACUGCUACCUCUUAUUCUAUGUCUUGUCAGUACUUUGACAGAUGUGUUUUCUCCUCAUUAACUAAAUCGCUUUAUCCUGUGCCUCAAAAAGAUCUUUACUUUUCCUGAAAUUAUUAAAUAAAUAAACAAAUAAAUGCAACCAACCAACCUUCUUUCAAAAAAGUAUUCAUUGGGCUUCAGGAGGUAGGUGUACAACACUGAAUAUGGCCAGCAUCUCAGCACACUCAGGAUUGAUUGUGCGGUGGUUGCGUGUUUGGGAUAUUGUAUAGUCAGAAGGAAAGCUCUGAAGGUACUGAUAGGAUUUCUUCCUAAUGUUUCUAAAGAGUUGUCAUUGUCAAUCAGUCGAAUUUGGAUUCCUUUUCUGGACCCUCUCACCCUACCAUGUUUUCUCCCUUAUAUUCUAAGAAUGUCAGUUUUAUUACUCAAAACACACACAAACAACUUACCAGAUGGUGCUAUUCCAAUUAUGUUUGCUCACAUAAUUUGACAUUCUUAUUGCUCAUUAUAUAUAUAUAUAUAUAUAUAUAGUUAAUUUUGUUGGGAGCAAGAAGGUUUUUCAAGAGAAGAUAAUUUUGUAUUAGUGUAGGAAUAUUAUAUUAGACAAACAUGUAGUUUAGCUGGCUGAUUAUGCUUAAGAUAUUUGUAAUUUUAAAUAUUGCAGGUUGACUAGCUACUGAGGCAUAAAAUUAAUUAGUAGAUAAUGCUGGAAAUCACUUUCUUAAAUUUAUAUUUUUGAUGAUUUUAGUCUGUAAGAUUUUCAUGUGUUGAACUGCAUGCUGCUUAAGAUUUGUCCAGUUCAGAUUUCCAAGCUUGCUAGUUAAUUUUCUGUGGUAGAAACAUGCUAUCCAGCAGUGUAUUGCUGAGUUGUUGUUCUUUGUUGUGAAUUAUGGACUCUUUUUGGACUAGGAAUUAUUCAAAUUUAUGGACUAAGAGAAUUAGGGAUAGGGAAAGGUCGGGUCAGGACAGUGGGAUUGUUCCGACAAGUGAGAAGGAGAAAAGUCAGUGUUUGAAUAUGGAGAUAAAAGAGGAUCAUGUGGAUUUCUUCUGAGCAUCAGUGGAGAGGGUAAAUUUAAACCACAUAAUAAAAAGGGUCUUUCAACCUAUUAAUUUGUAGUUUAAAUGACAGUUGCUCUGUAAAUUUAUAGACUUUAUUAUAGCUUGCUUUUUUUUUUAAUCCAAAAAGGAAAAGCACUUAUCCUCUUAGGAUGUCUAAGAUGUUUUAUAGUAAUACUUUGUGUAAAAAAUUGCAUUUUGAAAUAUGGGUUGUUUUGCAUUAUUUUGUUGUGGUAAAGUCAUAUAAAAGUCACCAUCUGAACUAUUCCUAAGUGUCCAGUUUGGUAGUGGUAAGUACAUUCACAUGGUGUGAAGCAUCUCCAGAACUUCAUCUUGUGAAACUGAAACUCCAUACCCAUUUAUAACUACACUCCCCCAUUAUCCUCAGUAGGAUAGAAUUUGAGCCAAAUGUAAAUCAAGAAACAGCCAAAUCACUUAGCAGUUUGUUUAUGUUUGAAAGAUCCAAAGUCAUGGCAAACAACAGGUUCCUAAAAUUUGGGGGAAAGACAACAUUUCUUACCCUCUGCUCAUAAUCAUAACUGAAUAGGUUUUAAAUGUGCUUAGUUGGAGAGGUUAGUUAUUUCACUUUGAGCCAGAGGGGAAAAACACAUUUUAAAUACCGGAAUUAGGUUAGCUUUGAAUUUGUACUAAAUUGGGAUGGCAAUAGAUUUUCACAAAGUAAGUGUGCCUUGCUGUUGAAAAUGUCAAUUGUCUUAAGUCUCCUUGUAAAAGUUUCAAAAUAUGUCUUUCUUUCAAAAAAGCAAACUAAUUUCACUUACUCGAAUAUUAUGAUAGGAAUGCUUACUGAUAUUACUUGAUAAUCAUAUAUCCUUGGAACUUUAACAUAUAUAUAUAAAACUAUAGCAGUAUUAAUAAUUACAGUUGUACUUCUUUAAAACAUUAAAUUUGAGGAAACUGUUUAAUGCUGUCUCAUGUGUACAUUGCUUUACUAUAGUGAGGGGGAAAGUCUUUCAGAUUGAGCCUCAGUUUACUGACAACUGGUUAGUAGUGGGUAAAACUACAGUAUGAAAAAUAGGAACUAGACAAUGGAGCUGAUGAAUUAAAAUUAUAAGUUGCUACAUUGGCAUUUUCUACCUCCUUCUUGGUCAGAGUGUUACUUUUUCCAACACUUAUUCUUAUUUGUGAGUAAAGAGGAGAUUGGAUCCAGAGAUUGAAAUUGAGAAUUUUGUUUUGUUGAGAAUUUAAGCAGUAGGUACAAGAGAAGUGACUUGUCAUAUUAAUUUGGUGCCUAAAUCCAUAACUACAAGUUACAAUUGACAUGUACAAAAUGUCUGAGGAAGAUAAUAUUGGUGAAUAUUUUACUUUCCCUGUAUAGUCUACUAAGUUUUGUUUCAUAAACACAACUUCUUUCCUCCAAAAAGCAAAAUGGUCUUGUAAUUUUUUUUAUAAAAUAAACAAAUAUGUGCCAUUUUGUCUGAGAUAUAUCAUUUCAGGAAGCUAUUGAAAGUUCUGACUCAGGGCUUUUUAACAGUUCAAGCAAUUGUUAAUUAUAUUUUAGAAAUUCCAUCCACAUAAUUCUUCAGUGCCUUGAAAGAAUUAUUAACUUGGCAACACUAUUAAAACUUCACAGAAGGCGGUCAGUAGUGCACGUGUGUUAUAACGAUGUACACUUUCAUAAGUCAUAUUGCUCAGCUGUGUAAGAGUGAUACUGUGUGUAUGCUGGGUUUGGGUAAUUCUUUAAAGGAAAUCUCCUAGAUUUGCACUUGAUACUCAUUUUUAAAAAACUGAUUAUUUAUGGCCAUGACACUGUUACCAGAAAAGUAAUUCUAUGUUAAGCCAUUAUGCAGAGUCAUCUAUAAGUAGCAUCUGGGAAGAGAAGAUGGAGCUUACAGUUUGCUAUUUUAGAAUGAAAGGAUCUGUUUGGGAAACACAGAUUGUCUUCCCCUCAAAGGAAAAAUAAAAUACUUCUAUUCAGCUCAUUCCGUUUUUUUAAAAAAAUAUUUUUAAAGGAAACCAUGAAUUGCAUGUUAUUCUUAAUGCUGGUCUUGUAGACUAAAUGUAGAAAAUUGUUUUUCUCUUAGUUCAGUAUACUUGUGUUAUUCUAAAUGCAUUGUAUUCAGUGGAAGAAAGCAGCUAAUAAUUGGACCCUUAGCAGUGUUUUCCUUUGCAUUUUUCCCAGUUUUUUAGCUUUCAAUGUUGUAUUAAAUUUAAAGUCUUAUUUGUGAAUAUAGUUUCUAUAUGGCAAAUGAUUCUUAAUAGUUUUGUUAAAAAAUGUUUGGUAGGAGCUAAGUUUUUAAAAAUAAAUGCAAACCUGUACCAUUAAUAAAAUCUAUAGUAUUAUAUCAUACAAUGCUUUUCUCUGAUCUUUUGAAAACUGUUCUUUAUAGUAGUAUACUUGGGUUUUGAUUCUUAAGGCAUUUGAGAACAAAUUGUAGCACAUCAAAAAAUCUGUUUGUGUUGGAAAGGAAAUUACUGUGUCUUUGAGAAACAAGGACAUCUGUCUCCAACUCAAUGUCAGACCUAAAUAUUCCCAUCUAGAAGACUGUCCUUGCAGUUGUUUACAUUUAGGUACCUCUAUCCAAAGGGCCAAAGAAGCUUUUUGUAUUUUAACACCUCACACUCUUUGAAGAUUAAGUUGUAUUGUGAAAUUACCAAAAGUCUGAAUGGGAUAAAUUUGAUAGUAAAUCAAGCAGUCAGGAAGACUCAACUUUUUCUGUGAAAACUUUCUUUCCUUUCACAACACAGAUGUAGAUUUCAAUUUCAAGAGACAACCACUUCAAGGCAAUGAUUUAUUUUAGUUUUGUGGUUGUCUGAGUAACUGAAUGACCUGGGGACUAUUUUAUUUUUCAAACACUUAUUUGUGAAGUUAUUAAGGCUGUCUAGUUCCAGUUCAGAAGAUUAGGUCUCUUUUGGAUGUUUAAGAGAAAAACCAUCUGAAAUAAAAUCUUUUGUUUAUUUGAAAAAAGCAUAUGUACUCCAACUUUAAAAUUGUGAAUUUAUUUUGGGUAACCUCCAAAUAACUGUAUUUUUAAAUUUCUGUUGCUGUAUAAUUAGAUAUUCCAUGGCAAUAUUUUUUAUUGAAUUGGAACUGUAUAGGUUUUUAAAAUAAAGACAUUUUAGAAAGUC